AACCCGAUUGCCGAGUUGUAACUCGUUUCACAAUAGACCACAAAACUCAGAAGUGAGAAGUUGCAGUGGAGCCAUUCGUCUCUCUCUCUCUCGGCACAAUCGAAAGCUCUCUCUACGAAACCUCUCUAAUUGCAUCAGUCAUAGCGUUUAUCAAAGGUCUCAGCUUCAAUUCUCUCCUCCCGAAUCCAUUUCGAAAGCUCAAAGUGAAAUCAAAACUUCAGAUUUAUCGCUGGAUCAUGCUUCUGAUUCUAUCUGAUUGAGCUUCGAUUUGCAGUGAGUUUCGUGGAUCUUAGAUUUUGAUCUGUCAAAGGAUUGAGAUUGAUUUCAAGAUCUAGGGAUUGAUGGAAGGGAAGGUAGCUAGACCUAGAGGUAGACCUAGGAAACGCCCUAGGGGAGAGGAUCAGAACGGUGUCUCUAACCGAGGAAAGAGACCGGUUCUGGAGAUUAAACCGGCUGUUCCCAGAUCCUUACUCGGUAGCUACGUGUUGAAAGAGUUUGAUGACAGUAGAGUCUCUCUAGGGAAGGUAGUUUCCUACAGCUCUGGGCUGUACAGAGUUGAGUAUGAGGAUGGUGGUUUUGAGGAUUUGAAAACUUGCUAUCUUCGGAAGUUGAUUAUUGGGGAUGGUUACUUUGAUGAUGAGUUGCGUUGUAGAAGAUGUAAACUCGAUGAUCUUGUAAUGAACAAGGAAGAGAAGAAGAAAGCAGUGAAUGAAGUUGAGGUGGCUACUACAUGUAGUAGUAGUAGUAGCUCAGGCUCUGGUGCAGAAGAGUGUGAAGAAGAUAGCAGGGAUCUAGAUAUGGAAACUACAAUGUCUCCUCUUGUUCAAGUUCCUCCUGUGGAUUUGCCUUGUUCGUCAGGAACGAUUGGUAUCCCUGAAGAGGCUGUGGUGCAUCUGUUAUCUGUAUACGGGUUCUUGAGAUCGUUUAGUGUUCAGCUGUAUAUCUACCCGUUUGGAUUGGAUGAGUUUGUGGGAGCGUUGAAUUUCUCAGGACCGAAUUCUUUGCUGGAUGCUGUUCAUGUGGCUUUGAUGCGGGCGCUGAAGGUUCAUCUUGAGAGACUCUCCUCACAGGAGUGUGAGGUGGCUUCGAACUGCUUGAGGUGCAUUGAUUGGAGCUUGCUCGAUGCGCUAACUUGGCCUGUUUAUUUGGUUCAGUACUUUUCUGCCAUGGGACAUGCAAGUGGGUCUCAGUGGAAAGUGUUUUCUGAAUUUGUUGUGGAGAAAGAGUAUUAUUCCUUACCCGCAGUGAUGAAGUUGAAGAUCCUGCAAAUUCUGUGUGAUGACGUCUUUGAUGUAGCAGAUAUAAGAGCUGAAAUCGAUACUCGAGAAGAAUCUGAAGUUGGAUAUGACCCUGAUGGAGUUAAUGCUGAUUUUCCUGAAAGUGGACCUAGAAGGGUCCAUCCUAGAUUUGCUAAAACCUCAGCUUGCAAGGAGAAAGAGCAUAGUCAGUUUGUUGCAAUGAACGAGCCUACAAAUUUUAGUUCAAGACGUGCUGAUGGUGGUCUUAACGGAGUUAGCUCAGAUCUGGAUGGAAACAGUGAUGAAUGUAGGCUCUGCGGCAUGGAUGGAACGUUGCUGUGCUGUGAUGGAUGCCCUUUAGCAUAUCACUCAAGAUGCAUUGGCGUGCUCAAAAUGUAUAUACCAGACGGGCCGUGGUAUUGUCCAGAAUGCACUAUUAACAAAAUGGGGCCAGCGAUUACUCAUAAAACGUCACUCAGGGGAGCAAUUUAUUUUGGAGUGGAUCCACAUGGGCGGCUCUUCUUGGGUACAUGCAACCACUUAAUAGUGCUUAAAAUUUCUGUACAUGCGGAUGCAGAUAUCAAAUACUACAGCGUCACGGACAUUCCAAAAGUUGUACUGGUGCUUUUGUCUUCAACGAACCAUAGACUGGAAUAUCUUUGUAUAUGCAAAGCGAUCUCAGAAUACUGGGAUCUGCCUGGAGGUGUGAUCUCUCAUUUAAGAGCAGUGGAGGCUAAUUUAGCUCCCAUGCUAAAAGACGGGGGAGAUGAGGUGUCGUCAGACCUGAUUAAGCCUGAUAAUGCAAGUAGUUCCAGUAUAAAUAAUAUCCAAAAUGCGUUUGGCCUCUGCGCAUCUGCUUCAAGCUAUGUUGGCGGUCCUGUUUUAGGUAGAUCAAGUGGAACACAGGGGAAGAGUUUCGUUGCUGGUGGCAUUACAGACAAGGGUUUAUCAUUUAAACCUCAUGCAUACAUUAAUCACUACUCAAAUGGAGAAUUGGCUGCAUCAGCUGCUGCUACGUUGGCUGUCCUAUUGUCAGAGGAAACCCAUGAACCUGACCAACCCAAGUUUAGUAAUGCCAAGAAAGCUGCCUCAAGUAACAUCUUGCUACAGGUGAAAGCAUUUUCGUUAGUUGCCUCAAGUUUCUUCUGGCCAAGUCCUGAUAAGAAGGAAAUAACCAGGGAAAGGUGUGGCUGGUGUCAUUCGUGCAAACUCACAUCAGCGAGUAGGAGAGGAUGCAUGUUAAAUGCAGCUGUAACAGGGGCAACCAAAAGUGCUGUGAAAAUAUUUAGUGGCCUUUUUCCUCUGAAGAACGGGGAGGGGGUGCUUUCUAGUAUUGCAGCAUAUAUCCUUUACAUAGAGGAAAGCUUACGUGGUCUCAUUGCGGGACCAUUUCUCAGUGAGAGCCUUAGGAAACAGUGGCGUAAGAAGGUAGAGGAGGCCUCAACAUGCAAAAUGAUGAAAGCUCUCCUCCUUGAACUUGAGGAAAAUAUUUGCAGUAUUGCUCUGUCAAGCGAUUGGCUUAAACUAAUGGAUGAUUGGCUGAUAGAACAUUCUAUUUUUCAAAGCGCUCGAGUGACCGUUGGGGCUACACAGAAACGUGGACCUGGUAAGAAGAAGCAGAGGAGCCAGGCUGAAGUUAGUGCCGAAGGUUCUAAUGAUGAUAGCUUUACUUGGUGGAGAGGGGGGAAGUUAUCAAAAGUUAUACUCCUGAAGGCAGUCUUGUUGAAGCCAAUGAUAAGGAAAGCAGCUUGGCAAGGUGGUCUGAAAAAGUUUCCUGAGUUCAAUUAUGGUGAUGGCUCUUACAUUCCUAAAAGAAGCAGGCGCUCAAUGUGGAAAGCUGCAGUUGAAAGUAGCAAAAACAUUUCUCAGCUUGCUCUUCAGGUUAGAUACUUGGAUACGAAUAUAAGAUGGAAUGAACUUGUACGCCCAGAGCAAAAUCUACAAGAUGUUAAAGGUCCAGAGACAGAGGCCACUGUUUUCAGGAACGCUAGUAUACGGGACAAAAAGAUUAUAGAUAACAAGGUUAGGUAUGGAGUUGCCUUUGGAAAUCAAAAGCACCUUCCGUCUCGUGUCAUGAAGAAUGUCAUCGAAGUCGAGAAAACUGAAGAUGGAAACGAAAAGUUUUGGUUCGCUGAAGCACGCGUUCCUUUAUAUUUGACCAAAGAAUAUGAAGAAAGUUUGCAUAGGGUGGUCCAUGUGCCUUUUAUCAAGAAGCCAACAAAAAGAAUCUCAAAGCUCCAGAAAAAGCAACUGAAAGCGUCUCGAGCAAAUAUAUUUUGUUAUCUAGCCUCUAGGAGGGAUAACACGGAGAAGUGUUCUUGUGCGUCAUGCCAUCUUGAUGUUUUACUGAGGGAUGCAACAUCAUGCAGUGCUUGCGGAGGUUUCUGCCACAAGGGAUGUACUAUGAGUACACAAUACACAGCUGAGAAGGUUGAUAUUCAUGUAACAUGCAAACGGUGCUACCUUGCAAGAGCUCGUUCACUAAUCAGUAUCAAUCAUAGACAUCCAACAACACCCUCUAUUGUGAUCAAUGGACAACAUCAAAACGCAGUCACUCCAACCAUUAAGACACAGAUUAAGCCUCUUAUUCAACAGUUUCAGUCUUCCAACACACGCGACAACGCUUCAGGAGCUAAACAAAUCACUCCUGAUUGUAAUAAGAGUAAACACAAGACACUGUCUUGGGGAGUCAUAUGGAGAAAGAAGAACUUGGAAGACACAGGUGUUAGCUUCAGACAGCAGCAUAUUCUGUUGGCUGCACAAUCUCAUCAACACAAUCCGGGACCUGUUUGCUGGAUCUGCAAACUGCCGUAUAAUCCUCGUCUAACAUAUAUUCAUUGUACAAGCUGCGACAAGUGGUAUCACAUUGAAGCUAUUAAGCUCGAGGAGUCGAAAAUUCCUGAAGUUGCUGGAUUCAAGUGUUGCAAAUGCCGUCGCAUACGAUCACCAGAAUGCCCUUAUAUGGAUCCUGUGCUCAAGGAACAGAAACAGAUGAAAAACGUAGGCUUCAAGCGCAAGAAACAUGGGAAAGGAAAUACAGGAAUGGAUUCUGAUUCCGAAAGAAUGUCUGAACCAAAAGACUCCAUACCCUCUACUCCUUCGUUUACUUUCGAAGAUGCGUUUGCUCCAGAGGAUGAUCCUCUCUUGGUGUCAGUUUCAAAAGUCGAACAAAUCACACCUAAGGAUAUGGAUUCUGUGCCGGGACCUCAGAAGCUACCAAUUAGGAGGCAAAUGAAACGUGAAGACACAGAAGGGAACAGUAGUCUUUCUUAUACCGAGUUUUCAACGUAUUCCGAGUCACAGACGUUUGUGAAACCAGAGAUGGAGCCAACGUUGCCUGCCAUGGAAUGGGAUGCAUCUGACAACAACAACAACAACAGCAACAACAUGGUUGAAGGCGAGCUAAUGUUUGACUAUGAAGACAUGGAAUUUGAACCCCAAACCUAUUUUUCGCUGACCGAGUUGCUUACAGCAGAUGAUAGUGGCCAGUGCAAUGGAUAUGGUUAUGACAAAGAUGCGACAGGGAACACGGAUAACACAAACCCAAACCCUCAGGUUGAGACGAUGGAAGAGUGCAGAACAUUUAUCUAUGACAAUACAAUUCCAUGUCAGAUAUGUAUGCAUGUGGAUCCAGGGCCUGAUCUCACAUGCCAGACCUGUAAUAUGACAAUACAUUCCCAUUGCUCUCCAUGGGAGGAGGAAUCUGCUUUCACCGGAGGUAGCUGGAGAUGCGGUCGUUGCCGUGAGUGGAUGAGUGUCUGAGCAUCUUUUUGCAUGGGAUUAAGACUUCCAGACGUAUUACGAAGUUUGGGAUAUCUGUGCAAGACCUAGUGGUCAAUGUAAUACUAAUACGAAAGUCUAGUGAAAAAUGAUGUAGAUUUGACGAAUGAAUGAAUGAUCAGUGGUAAUUUCAGUUAUAGUAUUA